AGUCAUUUGUUAAUUCAAUUUUAACCGGUAUGUUGUGCUAUACUCGGGUUUGUGUUUCGAUUCUUUGCGAAGAACAAAAAAGGGGACGACUCUCUUUCUUGAACCGGGUGGGUGUGUCAAGCCGUGUGUUUUGCAGACUUUCUCGAAGACGCAAUCGCCGGUGUUGUUCUCGACAUCCGUCCGUCCGUCCGUCACCUUCAGGAAACUAGAGACGAUACUUCCGGUUGACUGUCGCCUUUUAUUUAAAGGUGUUUUUUAUACCAAUAAGAAAGGGUUUACCGGGCUAAGUUUACUGUCUUCCAAAACAUAACAGUGCAGUAUGGAAUAACGAAUCGCAGUAACCAGGUGCUGUAUUACGCGAGUGCAAUAUCCACUAUUUUUAUCACUGAGAUUACUGGGGGUUUGUGAAAUUCAACUGUCAAAGUGUGCUGUGUUUCUGAAGAGCAAAUUUUAUCAUUUGAAUCAACCGAAUCAACAACCUAGAAAGUCCAAAGAAGCAAGAGUUGUGAAGUGCAAUUACGAAGUUUAUCACUAUGUUGGUUGUAUCAAGUUAUAUUGUUCCUGUCCUAAAAGGUGUAAAAAAUCAACAUCCCAAAUCGCCCAAGUCUUUUAAGGUGUCCAAACCUGAGUGAGAACAAGUGCUACUGUAUUGUCAGUUCAUUUCAAUUGUUUUGCCCCAGGGAGAUUUAAUUUAUUGAAAUAAGUUUUUCAUGAAUUGAGUGAGAAUUGUCUUCGAGAGAGGCCAACACUAGCCAAUUAAGCUGCCAGCAGCAUGUUUUCCCGAUUGUGUAAGAAUACCAUCUUUCCGAGUGGAGGAGGAUCCACCACUGGUUCGGUGGCUGGUCAUUCGCCUGAUGGCGCAGUUUCAGCAGCAUCGUCAUCUUUAUCACCGGGACCAGCCGUGGUGGCGACAUCUUCAACCACCUCCACACAGUCAUCUUCAUCCAAUGUCGCGCGGACUCAGCCGGCGACUUCAAGUAGCAAUAGUAGCAGCACCGCAUCCCGGCGACAUUUGAACCUUCCAUUGCCGGUGCUGCCACCGCGAUCGGCGGUAGCCCCCCAGAUAAGACCGGAACCUCCUCCGCCAUAUUGGGCACACUUUGCGCAUCGUCCGGUUGUGGUGCCACCUUUGGUUGCCCUCAUCAGUCCGCCGGUUCAUCCGCCUACGCCUCCGGCGUCCUUUUUGCUGCAACAACGUCAGAUUGGUUCUGCUUCUGGCAGCAGCGGCAACAACGAUCAACAGGCCGCUCAUCGACGGCGGGGUAACGAUGAUCAAUCGGUGCAGUCGUUGAACGGUGGAAACCCGCAGCAGCACAACAUUGAGCAGCAACAACAUAUACGCCCAAGGCAGCGUAUCAAGGAGUAUUUUCUAAGUCAAGAUGCAUUUUGCCCGGAUUUGGUACGUAAUUGCAAGAUUACCGCUGACUCACAAUCCGGUCGAAACUCCCCCGAAGCGCCUCCUACCCCACCUAGCAGCAGCGGCCAACCACCUGCGGACGUUCCAGAAGCGCCGCCAGCAUUGGCAGCAGUAGACCAGGAACAGCUCUACAUAGAAAUCGAGGAACUAAACCAAAGCCUAUCCACUAUCCAAGUAGCAAAUGCUAAUUCCACCCGACCUACCGAAGAACCGACGACAGGAACCUGUGAUAUGGGUCAGAACCUAAGCAUCCGGAGGCCGAAAAUAUCGCUCACAUGGGUCCUACGUGAACAAGCUCAACAACAGCAGCUUUCAUCCCAGAAUAAAACGGCAACACUCGGCGGCCAUCAUCAGUUGGCAAAUGGUAAUCAUUAUCAUCAGCAGCAGCCUCAGCAUCAUCCGUCUCAUAACCAUCAAUCGCGUCGAUCAUCACCUGUGAAAGCAAUACUCCACGGCAACGGAACCGGCGGACCACCGGUGCCCCAUCAAAACGGUUCAGUACCGGGACAGGUUCCUCCUCCUGCCCGGAAAAAAUCCCGAACCCGUAGCAGGGAACGAUUAUUCAGCGAAAAAUACGUCAGCGAUAACAAUCUGACAGAGUAUCACAAUGAGAAGCUAAAAGCCAAUGGCAAUCAGUCUUCUGGUAAUGCACCUGCUCAACCCCAGCAGCAGACAACAGACCAUGGCCACCACAAUGGGAUUUAUCGGAAAAGCAAUCGCAGCUACAAGAAAAACAGUGAACGGCUGAAAAAGAAGGACCGAAUCCUGGUUUACCCGAACCUGGUCCAGAGCGAAACCAUCGAUAAUUUACUAACCAGUAGCAAUAAUAACAACAACAAUAACAGUAUUAUCAUCAACCUGAAUCAGGUGGAUCAGCUCUCGAAGCAGCAGGAAAAAUCGGGACCACUCAAUCUCAAAAACACCUACUCGGAACCAUCGCUCUACACCACGGUCUCGGAACCGUCCUCCUCCAAGAAGCAUCGGCACCGGCGUCGACGGGAACGCUUCCGAUCCCAACAGCAGCAGCAGCACCAGCACCUUCGCUUCGGCUACGAGAUCCAGAAUGUGGACGACUUCCUCAGCAAGUGCUCCCUUUCCUCUCCGGGGAACAUUCCGGUGGUGCUAUCGGCGGCGACCACCCUGUACCAAACGCGGCCCGGCUGCUACCAGAUCGAGAUUCCGCUCCCCCUCGGGAUGGUCGUCAAUGCCGUCUUCAAGAACCAAAACUGGCUCUACGUCCAGACGCCGCACGCCGAGGAGGGUUACGUGGCGUACGAGACCUGCCUACCGUUGGGCAUUUUGCCGCCAAACCAAAGAUCAAGUUCCACCUCGAAACCGACUCCGUGUUGGGAGUCCAGCAAAGAUAUCUUCCCGCGACCGAGCGGCAACCUGACCGACAGCGAGAAGGAGAUCCAACAGCUACACGGCGGUGGCGGAACCCGUUCGGAAGGUCGCCGUACGCCACGCCUCAAACGGUGCAACACCAACAGCCGCAGUACCACCUCGAUUGCGUGCAACAGCGAGAAGAACCUGGAUUCGCUGUACCUGAGGGUGGCGAAUCAACCGAAAGCGGUCGAUUCGCAGACACAAUUUGCUCAACUCAAACUAACGACCAAGGUGCUGAACGGAAACAACGUUCCCGGGAAGGUGGAGAAGUCGAUUCUGCUGGGUAGCGAUCAGUUGGACAAACUGCCAGCUCAUGGUGACUACAUUCAGCUGCACAAACCGCUGAGCCAUCACGCGCAUCACCACCACCACAAGAUUCUGAUCAAAACCGGAAGCGGCGGAAGUGGCGGAUCUGGCAGUAGCCUCAUCAACGGAGGAAUCUAUCAAAAGACUGGCAACAACGUUAUCUAUAACAACGGUAGCAAUGGUAGUAAUACCAGUGCCAAUGGUACAAAGGUAGCUUCUAGUAAUGGUGGAAAUCUACGGACGACGGCUGUCAGGCAGACACUGCUGGCGGUCACGGAAAACUACUGCUCCGAAACGAUAAAUGUUCAAAAGGGAGAUGUGGUCACGUUGCUCGCCUGCAAAGAGUACCAGGAAAAGGGUCUGAAAAACUAUAAACAGUGGUUCUUUGUGAGAACCCGGGAGGGCAAUGAAGGAUACAUUCCAGCCGAAGCUGCCGGGCAUGGAUUUCUGUAGAUGCAAUCUAGACUAAAUAAGGUGCAGAGUUAGAUUGGUAGGGGAAACAAACUUGAUGGAAAUCUACCUGCUAUUCUGAUAUUGAACUAUUUAGAAUGAUCGUAGCUGUUGUAUGUAUAAAAUUUAAAACUAGAAGUUCGUGUUCGUGUACUGUAGAAGCAUAAAGUAGUAGAAAGUUAGGCGUUAUUUCAUUAUAACCAAAUGAUAUUUAAAGUAUUAAUAAAAUAGUAAUGAAC